AUGAAACUGAAUGCAUUUUAUUUCAAAACUGGCACCAUCAAACAAAACAAAAUGAUCAACUUAACUACUUCUAUUCCUGAAUUUCAAGUGAUGUUUCAACCAGCCUACUCUGCUUCUGACUUUUUUGAGCCAUUCUAUAUAUGUUCAAGAACCAAUAUAAUCUGA